AUCUUAGAACAAUUUGGCCAGAUCCAGAUGAUCCAAACUGACUUUGGUAGCUUUGUGGUGUGAUUACGAUCUUUAGUUUUUGCUUCACACCUGCUUUUGAAUUGGCAUUCAUGGAGGGAAGCACCCCUUUUACGUUUGCCAGUACAUAAACAUUCAGGGCAAGCCCAUGAGAGCUAAACCCUAAACGUCUUGAUUUUCGAAUCCGAAUCGGUUUAUUGCCAGGCAAGCUCACACGUACAAGCGAUUUGCUUUGAAUAUCCAGGAAGCAUGAGGGCAGCAGCGUGAGUUUGGGGAGAGUCAGAGGGACAGGGGGAAGGCCUCAUCACCCAGCCCCUCUGAAGAGGACAAUGUUAUCCUGAGCUCCCUCAUGAAUAGAGGGAUCCAUUCUGAACUACCGAAGGGGGAUAGGGGAACCUCUUACUUGACUGAUUUUAUGGUCAAACACCACUCCCCUCACUAUGGAGAAUUUGCAGGGAGAACAUGAGCGGAUUUCCAGAAAAGAAGCAGGUGGAUAAGAGAAAGGCAGAACGCAAACAGGCAGAAAAAAAAAGCUGGCCACAGAGACUGGCAGAACACAGAUGGGCCCAGCAGAUGCACGCAGCACAGAAGGAUGCAGAACGGAGGUCUAUAAUUAAAAGGUGGGUGGAACUGAGAAAGGCCUUACAGAAGCCUCCUGCACAAAGGCUGGCAGAACUAAAGGAGGCAGAGAAGAAGCAGGCAGAUGAGAGGCGGGCUGAGCAGAGGUGGAAAGAGUGGAGGCAGAAGCAGAGAGCACAGUGGGAGUUAGAGCAGAGACGGAAGGAGGAGUUCAACACCUCCAAGAAAAAACUAGAUCUGCAAGAGACCAGGAAACCUCACACACAGGUGCUUAAGUCUCCUACCCUCUGGGAAGAGUUGAAGAUGAUGGAUGACCUGCUUGAGGAGAUUGCAGAUAUCAAACUUCCGUCCAUGUCUCCCAUCCAUCAGCCAGUCUCCCCAACCACCCCACUCCUCCCACUACGUAAAGAUGGGACAUCUUACAUGGGCCUCACCACCAAACCCCUGGAAGCUAAGGCCAGGCAUUCCCACGGGGACCAGCAGCCCACCUGUACACCUCUUCCUCGGGCCAGUCACAGCUGCAUCCUCCCUCUGGCCAACCAGGGCCUGCAGUUAUCUGAAAAUACAUCAGAUGAGGAGACUUCAGAAGAGACAUCCGAUGAAGAGACUUCGGAAGAUACAUUCGAUGAGGAGCGUUUACCCUCCCAUACUUCAGAGUUUGUGAAAACACUUCCCCUGGCUUGUGAAGCAAGCGGCGUUCAGCAGCAAAAGAGUUUGCUUUGCCUCCGGUCUGCUGCACAAGCAAAGGUGGCUGAGAGACUUGACUAUGGGAGGAUCAUUCUCAGGGAUGAAGGGAAGGAGGAGGAAAGAUCAGAGAGUGGACUGCCAAAUAUGCAAGUACAGGAUCCAUCUAUUGAGAAGAGAUUAAACAGUGAGAUGUUGAAGAAAACAGAGAAGGAGGUAAAGGCUGAAAACGGGAAACCAGCCAAGACAGAGAUGGAGGUAAUAGAAAAGCAGAAGAAAGCUGAAAAGCAGGCACUAGAGAAGAUGGAGAAGAAACAGAAGAAGCAACUGGAGCAGGCAGAGAAAAGAAAUACGGAGAUUAAGACAAAGUUGGAUAAAGAGAAACGCAGAAUGAAAGAUCUUGAAAGGAAAGAGAUGCAAAGGUUGGCAGAUGAGGAGAGAAAGGAAAUGAAGAAGGAAAAGGCUGAAAAAGCUAGAUUGGAAAUUGAUUCUCGCCCGAAAUGUUGUGGCUUCUUGGAGAAGGUUAAGAGGGCCUUUCAUUUCCACCGAUAAGAGAGACUUUCCAUCUACAGUAACACCAACAGUGAUACAGUAAUAAUAACAAUACAUUGAAAAAGGAGAACAAAUAUGUUGAAUGUAUAGUAUAUUGCUUCCCAAUAACUUUUCCCAAAAGCUAGAAGAUUAAUUUAUGUAUUAUCA